AGUAGAGCACACAAGCUAAAGCACUGGGACGCUGUCACUCACUCGAGCGCUGGCAAACUAUUCCUCACUGUAUAUCCACGGGCAGUAUGACGCUACCAGGCGUGUCCGCCGUGAAAUACCAGUUAAACCACAGCCUCUGAACGUACCAGUUUGCAGCUUAUAAUGUACGAUAUGAGCGGUGUGUGUAUAUAAUCCUUCAUCAGAUCGACUCUCAGUUUGAGGCCUGACUGGAUUCCAGUCAUACACGCAGCGCUUCAUUCACAGGACUUAAAGAGAGGAUGCCAGCUCCAAUCAGACUGCGGGAGCUCAUCCGGACAAUCCGGACGGCACGAACCCAGGCAGAGGAGCGAGAGAUGAUCCAGAAAGAGUGUGCUGCCAUUAGGUCAUCCUUUAGAGAAGAGGACAACACAUACCGCUGUAGAAAUGUUGCUAAGCUGCUUUAUAUGCACAUGUUGGGCUAUCCGGCACACUUUGGCCAGCUGGAGUGCCUGAAGCUGAUUGCAUCACAGAAGUUCACAGACAAGCGGAUAGGGUACCUGGGAGCCAUGCUGCUACUAGACGAGAGGCAGGACGUCCAUCUAUUAAUGACAAACUGCAUCAAGAAUGACCUGAACCAUAGUACACAGUAUGUGCAGGGACUUGCUUUGUGCACUCUGGGCUGCAUGGGCUCAUCUGAAAUGUGCCGUGACUUAGCUGGAGAAGUGGAGAAGCUCCUCAAAACAUCAAACUCCUAUCUGAGGAAAAAGGCAGCACUGUGCGCAGUUCAUGUCAUCCGCAAGGUCCCGGAGCUGAUGGAGAUGUUCCUGCCAGCAACAAAAAAUCUGCUCAGUGAGAAAAAUCAUGGAGUUCUUCACACGUCUGUUGUUUUGCUCACUGAAAUGUGUGAGCGAAGUCCUGACAUGCUCUCGCACUUCAGGAAGCUGGUUCCACAACUGGUACGAAUCCUGAAGAACCUGAUCAUGUCAGGGUAUUCCCCUGAGCAUGAUGUGUCUGGCAUUAGUGACCCUUUCCUGCAGGUGCGGAUAUUGAGGCUGUUGAGAAUUCUGGGAAAGGGUGACGAUGAUUCUAGUGAAGCUAUGAAUGAUAUUCUUGCACAGGUUGCAACAAACACGGAGACAAGUAAAAAUGUAGGCAAUGCUAUCCUCUACGAAACGGUUCUUACUAUUAUGGACAUUAAAUCAGAGAGUGGACUAAGGGUUUUAGCCAUUAAUAUUCUGGGUCGCUUUCUUCUCAACAAUGACAAAAACAUCAGAUAUGUGGCAUUGACAUCUCUACUGAAGACUGUUCAGACAGACCACAAUGCUGUACAGAGACAUCGAAGCACUAUUGUGGACUGCUUGAAAGACCUUGAUGUGUCCAUUAAGAGGCGUGCAAUGGAGCUGAGCUUUGCCCUGGUCAACGGCAACAACAUCCGGGGCAUGAUGAAAGAGCUGCUGUAUUUCCUGGACUCCUGUGACCCUGAGUUCAAAGCCGAUUGCGCAUCAGGGAUCUUUCUGGCUGCUGAGAAGUAUGCCCCAUCCAAAAGAUGGCAUAUAGACACCAUUAUGAGGGUUUUGACAACGGCUGGGAGUUAUGUCCGGGAUGACUCUGUGCCAAAUCUGAUUCAGCUAAUUACAAACAGUGUAGAGAUGCAUGCCUACACUGUACAGAGACUCUACAAAGCCCUACUGGAUGACAUUUCUCAGCAACCAUUAGUACAGGUGGCAUCCUGGUGCAUAGGAGAGUACGGAGACCUGUUAGUCUCAGGCCAGUGUGAGGAAGAGGAACCUAUUCAGGUUUCAGAAGAUGAGGUCUUGGAUGUUUUGGAGGGUCUUCUUGUAUCUAACUUGUCCACCCCUGUAACGAGAGGUUACUCCCUGACUGCUAUCAUGAAGCUGUCCACCCGUUUCAGCGGUGUGAAUCGAAUUAAAAAGGUGGUGUCGAUAUAUGGCAGCAGCAUAGACGUGGAGCUGCAGCAGAGAGCUGUGGAAUACAAUGCACUUUUCAAAAAAUACGAUCACAUGAGACCUGCAUUACUAGAGCGAAUGCCUGUCAUGGAAAAAACAGCCUCUAACGGUCCUGCAGAGAUUGUGCAGACCAAUGGAGAAACAGAAUCAACCAUACUGGACACAAAACAUCUGCCCAACAUCACUCAACCAACCAGUCAGGCAAAUGAUUUAUUAGACUUGCUUGGAGGUAAUGACGUGGUACCUGUUAUCCAAACAACUGUUCCCACAAAGCCUGCUUCAGCUGGGGGAGAACUACUUGACCUGUUGGGAGACCUCUCACUGACAGGCACUCCAACCCCCACCCCUGCUGCUCCCUCUGUGCCCUUGUCCCAGUCUCCUUUCCUUUUGGACGGUCUCACCUCGCAGCCUCUCUUCAAUGAUAUUGUAGCGGGCAUUCCUCCAAUGACAGCGUACAACAAAAAUGGCCUGAAAAUAGAAUUCACAUUUGAGAGGUCCAACCCCAAUCCCAAUAUUGCAGUAAUCACCAUCCAUGCCACCAAUUCCACUGAGGCUGACAUGACAGAUUUUGUGUUCCAGGCUGCAGUACCAAAGACGUUCCAGCUGCAGCUUCUUUCCCCCAGCAGUAAUGUAGUUCCAGCACUCAACCAGGGAAAUGUCACACAGGUCAUCAGGGUUCUGAACCCACAGAAGCAACAGUUGCGAAUGCGGAUCAAGCUGACGUACACUCACAAAGGCUCUCCUAUUCAAGACCUGGCCGAGGUCAACAAUUUUCCCCCUCAGUCCUGGCAGUGAUUUGCUACCCCAUCUCAAUCUUAAAGACCCCCAGCAAGGGAACUAUGGGAAAGAUGUACCCUCCCCACUCCCAAAUUAUCCCUUGUGACAUCACCACAGAUCGCUGCCCUGUGGGAAGCAGUGGAAUCUUCCUGAAACUGUCGAGAGUUUAUUGUAUGAAGACUAUAAUGAUGAUGAUGAUGAUGAUGAUGAUUACAGCGACAAUGAUGAAGCAAAAUCACAAAUAUCUGAAUACAUAUCUUUUAAAUUUGUUUUGCCCAGCUGUCAUUCUCUCUUCUUUGGGGUUAGUGCAACAUGUUCAUACUCACACUUGCACUUAGCGUUGUGCACUCUCUCUCACUUAUACUCUUACUGUAGUGUACUCCCUCACAUACAGUCAUCCGCUCUGGCUCACGCUGCCGUCCACGGUCCAUACAUGAAAAACGUCACUCAUGGCCACUCUAGAAAGGAGCUGCUUGGUAUAGGCAUUUUUUUUAUUUGUCUUUUUGUUAGAUUUUUUUUUCCCCCAUGUUUUUAACCUUGUUAAUGGGUUUGGUGUAUUUUAAGAAACAAACAAAAAAAAAAUUAUUGAACUGAAUGAAUUGCAAGUCUGAACAUUUGCACCUUAAGCAUUUCAGAAUCAAGAGGAUAAUGGGUUGCGAUGGCGCCUUAAAUUAACAUUGUACAUGGCAUUUCUUAAUUUUCCUAUAAGGUUGGCUCAUUACUGAUCUAAUGUCUUGUAAUAAAGUAUACCAGAUGAAUGGUACGGAUACAAGCUAUGUUGUGGCUGUACCAUAUUUCACAUGACAUCAUCUGGCUCAUUGCCUAUCAAAUGUUUGACUUCAUCACAUGACCUAUCAUUAACUGGCAGGUUAAAACGGCUAAUACCUUACUUUAUUACUUCUAGGCAGGACUGCUUAUAAAUGUCAUGUUCUGACAAUGAAACAACAUUCGGUAGUGAAACGACUGCAGUAGAUUGAGAGAGGAAGUUUGUUACUGUUAAAUGAAUAUUCCUGGUUCAAUACAAGUUGAGCUCAAUCAACAGCAUUUGUGGCAUAAUGUUGAUUACUAAAAUUCUGAAAAAGUUGGGACAGUUUAAAAAAUGCUAAUAAAGACAAAAAGGAGUGAUUUGUAAGUUAUAUACGCUUUUCUAUAUUGAAAGCACUACAAUUACACACAUGAUGUUUUACCUUGUGAAUUUAAUAGUUUUUGUUUUUUAAACGUACAGUCAUUUUAAGAAAUUUUGCGAGAUUGCAAAACACUCCAAAAAAGUUGAGACUGGAAAUUUAAGACUAAUAACAAUUUGAUGAGUUUAAAUAAGGCGAUGUGAAACAGGAGAUGUUAAACCUGUGAGGCAAUCAUGUCAUAGUAUAUAGGAGCCUCCAAAAAUGGCCUAGUCCCGAGACUAAACUAGACUUCUAAUCAGGAGCAAGGACCGUUCGAGAUUUGUCAAUUUACUAACAGAUUCUUCAGCAAAUAAUCUAGCAUUGUGAGAACAAUGUUCCUCAGAGACAAAUUGGAAGGAUUUUGGGCAUUUCACACUCUACAGUGCACAAUAUACUUCAAAGAUUCAAGGAAUCUGGUCAAAUCUUGGUGGAUAAAGGGCAUGACGAAAACCAUUUCUGAAUGUGCAUGAUCUCUGAUCCCUCAGUCUUAAAAGAAACAUCAUUCAUCUGUAAUGGAUAUCAUGAACAUGGGUUUGGGAUAACUUAAUUAAACCUUUGUUAGUCAACACCACUCGCUGCUGCAUCCACAGAUGUAAGACUUUACUAUGCAAAUGAGAAGCCCUACUUCAACACUGGCCAGAAGCGCUGCGACAUCUCUGGGCUCGGUCUCAUCUUAGAUGGAAAGUAGAACAGUGGAACUGUGUUUUUUUGGUGUGAAGAGUCCACAACUCAAAAUGUUUUUGAAAAACAAAGCCAUUGUGUUAUCCAGGUCAAAGGAAAAGGGCCACCCAAGCUGUUACUAGCUUCUAGUCUAAAAGCCAGUGUCUGUAUGGGCCAGUGGUGUGUCAGUGCCCAUGCCAUGGGUAACUCGCACAGCUGUGAGAACACCAUGAAUGCAGACACUGCCAUCCUGAAUGCAACUUAUACCGCCAUCCAGCACUGUCUUUUCCAGGGAUGUCUGCAUUUUCUAGCAGGACAACUUCAAACCACAUACUGGCCGGAUUUCAAGUGCAUGGCUGUGUAAGCUGAGAGUGUGCGUGCUAGAUUGGCCUGCCUGCAGUCCUGACCUGUCUCCAAUUGAGAAUGUGUGGCGCAUUAUGAAGCACACCAUACGGCAACGAAGACCCUGUACAAUUGUGCAGCUAAAGAUCUAUAUUAUGGAUGAUUGGGGAGAAAUUCCACUUUCUAAAUUUAACAAUCUUGUGUAUUCAGUGUCCAAAUGCUUAAUAAGUGUUAUUAGAAUAAACGAUGAUGUUUCAAAGUGGUAAACACUCGACUGUCCCAACUUUACUGGAGCAUGUUGCAAUCAUCCGAUUUGAAAUUAAUGUACCAAAAAAAAAAAAAUUUAAUUCACAGACUAAAACAUCAUAUAAUGUGUAGUUGUAAUGCUUUCAACAUUGCAAGGGGGAAUUUAAUUUACAAAUCACUAUUUUGUUUUCAUUAGCAUUUUUCAUAUUGUCCCAAAAUUUUUGGAAUUGAGUUUGUACAAAAAAUAAGAAAAUCAAGGUUGCUUUGAGGCACUUAUAAUGGAAGUGAAUGGGGCCAAUUUGUGGAGGGUUUCAAAGCAGAAUUAUGACGCUUAUAAUUAUACAAAAGCACUUGCAUUUAAUUCUACUGUUAAAACUUGUGUAUUUGUUGAGCUGAAGGGUUGCUUAAAUCGAUGUUUUAGGGUUUACAGCAUUAUGUUGUCAUGGCAGCGAAGUUGUGAAAUUGGAUAUAACUUUCCACAGAAAAGGUUGCUUAGCAUUUCUAAUUUUUAUCACACUAAAAUACUUUUAACACUCAUGUUGGUUAUGUCUUGUGGCUGUACUUUAGAAAAAGUGAGUAUUUUAAUGUUUACAGAUUGGCACCAUUCACUUCCAUUAUAAGUGCCUCACUGUAAACUCAAUCUCGCUUUUUGAAAGAAAAGAAGGGACAUGUCUAUAUAAAUGCUGUGGUAAUCAACAUUAUGCGACAAAUGCUGUCAAUUGAGCUUAACUUGCAUUGAACCCUGACAAUUACCUGAAUGCAAAUUAGAUGACUUUUCAGUUAUAUAAUCAUCAGUAGUUUUAUAUCCGCCAAACUGGACACUUUCCCCACCUCCAAACCUCUUAAUUUGACAGUUAUUUUGUUUAUCUCUACUCAUCACAGAAUGUGUUCUUGUAUUUGUUUUUAAAAUAUUGAAAUAAGUUAUAUAGAAUAAAUUAACAUCUUAUUCCAUUUUAAAGGAUUGAAACCUGUUAGUAGCUGGACAGUGUGAUUUAAAUUUAAAAUUGAUUUCUUACUAAAUUAACUAAACUAGAGGCCCAACAAUGUAGUUGUUGCAGGUAGGUUACAAUAUGGUUAUGGUCAGCACAGAUGCUGUAAAUAUAGAUGUAUGACAAUUAAGGCUUUCUGAAUGUAGUUAUAUGCACUGAAUGGACACUUUUUUUAUUAUUUUGUUUGACUUUAAAGGUGUUUUUUUCUGCAGUGAUUUGAAGUACAGAAUUAUUGCCUGAUGUAAAGCAAUGUGCCUUUUGUCCUAACUGGUUAAAAGAAGACCCUCGGACAUCUGCAAGACAAGCGGUUACAUUUCAUCAUUACAGGAAGAAAACAUGAUGUCUGAAGAAGAGUAGAGGACCUUUUUUGUUUUGCUAUCAUUUCUCUUUCUCAUUCAGAGGGAGUCUUAAAAGUCAAAUAUCAAGUGUGUCCCAGGCUGUCUCUUCUAGAAACAUUAACCUAAAUAUAUAGCUCACAUUGUCUUUUUUUUGUCAUUCUGUCAGCUUUGAAGAGGACCGUUUCAUCAAGUGAUUGAGAGCUCUCAAGUCGCCUUUGUGGAAAACCUUAUAGCGUCCAUACACUUGCAUCUUUACUUACAGACUUUACUGCUCUCUCGCUGCUCUUAUUUUUGGUUUUAAUCUACAUCAGUUGCAUUUGUUACGCCACACUGAAGUCUGGUGAUCAAAUCAAGAGAUGUUCUUUGGGCUUGGGAAAGUUUUUUAGCUAUGUUAUGUAUAUGGAGAAAAAUUAUUUCAUUCUAUUAGCUUCUUUGAAUUUUGUUGCAAUUCUUAAAGAUGCUUUCUUGGAUUUUUCUGUAUAUACCGAAGGCUUUUAAGAUGCAUCAUCUGUUUUCAUCCCUUUUUAAGAUACCAUUUUCUAAUCUUCCUUCUAGUACUGCACAGUGUAUAAUGUUUGAAGCUCUCCCUCAGAAAAGUCUAAUUUAACAACUCACCUGUUUGAUUGUGUGUUGGAAAGAAAAUGUACUAUGUGCUGCCUGUAUAUUGUAUAUAAUUGUAAAACGCAUCAAAAGGAUCAAAUCAAAUAAAAAUCCCAUUUGAAGACUAUGACAUUCAGUUAAGGGGCUGUAGACAUUAUUUACUGUGCACAUGAUCUUCAGUUCACAUUCUUUUGUAGUAGGUGGGUGGAUUACAGUCAUGUGAUUAUACUACUGAAAGGAUUAAAAUGCUGUACAUGGAACAGAUAGCUGUUCAUCUUCCAUAAGAGCUUUAAGGUGUUUUGUUGAAUUUUCAAAUUCUAUCCCGUUAUUUAAACACAAUAAUGGAAUUUAAAGGGAUGGUUCAUUCCAAAAUUUAAAUUCUGCCCUUUAAUCAACCUUUUGUUACAAACCUGCUUAACUUUCUUCAAUGUAACACCAAAAGGAGAUGUUAGCCUCAGUCACCAUUCACUUUCAUUGUAUGAAAAAAGAUGCAAAAUAGUGAAUGGGUGAUUGGCAUCUCCUCUUGUGGCACAAGAAAAAAGGAGGGAGGAAAUUAUGAGAAAUGUUUAGUUUUUUUUUGGUUGAACUAUACCUUUAAAUUGAUAGUUCAAAAAUGAUCACUUUAAAGGAAUAGUUCACCCAAAAAUGAAAAUUCUCAUCUGUUCAACCUCAUGCCAUCCCCGAUGUGUAGGAGUGUCUUCUGCUGAACACAGAUUUUUAGAAGAUUUUUAUUAUCUCUGCUCUGUAGGUUCAUACGAUGCAAGUGAAUGGUGUCCAGAAAUUUGAAGUCCCAAAAAGCAUAUAAAGGCAGCAUAAAAGUAAUCCAAAUGAUACCAGUGGUUUAAUCAAGAAAAAAGGAGGGAGGAAAUUAUGAGAAAUGUUUUUUUAUUUUUUGGUUGAACUAUACCUUUAAAUUGAUAGUUCAAAAUGAUCACUUUAAAGUAGUAGUUCACCCAAAAAUGAAAAUUGUGAAUGGUGGUUCAAUAGUGGACUAAAGCACAUAACUGGUAAUCAGAAGGUCGCUGGUUCGAUCCCCACAGCCACCACCAUUGUGUCCUUGAGCAAGACACUUAAUCCAGGUUGUUUCGGGGGGAUAGUCCCUGUAAUAAGUGCACUGUAAGUCGCUUUGGAUAAAAGCGUCUGCCAAGUGCAUAAAUGUAAAUGUAAUCUGUCUUCAGAAGCAAUAUGAUAGGUGUGGCUGAGAAACAGAUCAAUAUUUAAAUCCUUUUUUACUAUCAGUCUCCACUGUCACUUUUUUUAUGCAUUUACGCAUUAUUCGUGCAUAUCGCCACCUACUGGGCAGGGACGAGAAUGUAUAGGAUAAAAGGUCUUAAAUAUUGGUCUGUUUCUCACACACACCUAUAAUAUUGCUUGUGAAGAUAUAGAUUUAACCACUGAAGUCCUAUGGGUUAUUUUUAUGCUGCCUUUAUGUGCUUUUUGGAGCUUCAAAGUUCUGGUCAGCAUUCACUUGCAUUGCAUGGACAAACAGAGCUGAACUAUUCUUCCAAAAAUCAUUGUUUGUGUUCAGCAGAAGAAAGUCGUACACAUCUGGGAUGGCAUCGGGUUGAGUAAAUGUAAAAGAAAUUGGGAGAACUGUUCCUUUAAUUUCAGACUUGAUAUUGUUGAUUUAAUACAUCAUGCAUUAUUGGUAAUGAAAUUGAUGAAAGCUUCAAUUAUACACUAUAAAAAAAUUAGAGAGACCUUUCGGAACAAAUUUUUGAAUCUGCUGCUUUUUACAACUUUGUCAUCUUAGUCAAGCAAAGAUGUUUGUGUGUUGAAGAGAGUAAAAUAAACAUGACAGGACUUGCUGUGGGGUUGUCAUAUCAGCGAAUUUCCCAAACAAUGAUUUUUCAGCUGCAUGUGGAAAAAAGCAAUGUAAAUAUUGUCAUUUCUACUCUUUAUGUAAACUUCCAGAAGUAAUGCAAGCAACGUUCAAAUUCUUAAGAAACCACACUUGUUUAAUCUUGCGAUACAUGCACAUAACUAUUCAAGUGUAUCUAUACAUGUGCCCCGUCCUCUGAUAUUUUACACUUGCUAUUCAGCUACAUAUGAACUUGUUUGGGAGUGGAGGAUAAACUGUUGACUUUUUCCCCAGUGACAUUGAAAUGCUGACCUGUAUCACAGUCCCAUGUCCUCUGUCUUGGACUGAAAAUAAUUCAUGAUGGAUGACAAUAACACGUCAACCAACAUGGGUGAUUUUAGAUUUAUGCUGUGUACUAUUGUUGUCUUAGGGUUGGAGAAAAUGAUGCUCAAAUGAAAUAAUAAAAAG